AUGUUCCCUUUUACUGCCGCCAUACUGUUCAGCAUCGUAUCAACGGGCAUCGCUUCAACGCAGACACCAAAUAUUACGUCUUGUUCGGCGACACACGUCGUGGUCAUCGAUGACGUCACCAUCACCGACGCGGAGGUCGGAAAAACGAUGGUAAUUAGCUAUGUGGGUCAAUUAACUCGAGACCUCAACGAUUCCCCGUCGCUCAAAUUCACCCUGACUAAAAACAAUGGAGGUGGAAAAAUCCCUUGCCUUUACGACUUGGGAUCCUGCCAGUACGACCUUUGCGGUGGCACUUCGGAUACAGAAAGGAAGAUAGGAGAGCCCUGGAACAACACGUGUCCAAUCCCAGCCGGGAGCUACGACACCAGCGUUUCUCUUGACAUACCGUAUCUUGCCGUAUUUUUUAUAGGCGAUGGCGACCUCCACGUCAAAAUGGAGAUAAUCAACGGCGGUACUGCUGUGGAAUGCAUUGAAAUGAACGUGCAAGUGAAGAUAUGA